AUGUUUAAUAAUAUCUAUUUAAUAAGUAAAAAUUAUUAUUUUGGGCAGCGAUUAUUGGAGAGUUAUCCAUUCAAGAGUUAUCUGUCCGUAAUUAGCUUGUCAGGAGAGUAUAGUAGAUCACUAGCAUCAAUAUUACCGCCAUUUGUUAGAAAGUUAUCAAUUAGAAAUUAUUCAAAUGGGAGUGGGGAUACAUCUAUACCAGACACAAUUACAAGUUUAACACUGGAUCGUGUUACUUUUAGUACCGGCCAUCCAAUAGUCAUACCAAAUUCUAUUGUCGAGUUGUUUUUAGAUGGUGACUUUAAUCAAAAUAUACCAAUAGGAUUCAUAAACCCAAACGUUAGAUCAUUGUCAGUCGGAAAUUCUUUUAAUUCAAUAGUUCAUAAGACUCAAUUACCAUCAGAGUUAGAGUCUAUUAGUUUUGGCGAGUCUUAUAAUAGAGAUAUCGAUUUCUCAUCCACUCUACCCUCAGGUAUACGAUCUAUUAGACUCGGUAGUUCAUUUAGAGCAUCAUUUCAAGGAGAGAUACCAUCAUCGUUGGAUACCAUCCACCUACCAUGGAGUUAUUUAAAGCAACCUGGCUUAUCAUACUUGAUC